GGGAAAGCAGUUCACUCAGUCACUGUUCCGGACACAAUCAUGGAGUGGAACGCAAAUGCAUUCUGUCUGGCAGACAUAGGCUUUGGCCUGUCUCAAUUAACCACAAUCAGGGUUUUCCAGCCCUUCUUCACUGAUCUGACUCUGCCAUAUUCUGUGAUUCGUGGAGAGACUUUCCGGAUAAAGGUCACAGUCUUUAACUUCCUCAAGGACUGUAUCCAGGUGAGAACAACCCUGCUAGACUCUGAGGAAGUGGAGGUGAAACCCUGUCCUGACUGCCCGUUCACCACCUGCUUGUGUGCUGAGGAAGCCAAGGUUUUCUCCUGGAAUGUGACAGCUACCCAGCUGGGGCAUGUGAACAUCUCAGUAAGAAGUGAGGCUGAGGAGACCCAAGCAUUGUGUGGCAACAAGAUCUCUGUCACUCCCACGCAUGGCCAGUCAGACACAGUUAUCAAAUCUUUACUUGUCAAGCCAGAAGGUGUCCUUGAAGAAAAAGCCCAGAACACUUUCCUAUGCUCUUCAUCUCUUGUUUAG